AUGAAGUUCAGAACUUGUGUAGCCAUUCUGCUGGUCAACAUUGCAGCGUUUGUGUACCUGUACCGACCCGGGCAGCUGCAGAACUUUCUGGACAGUCUAUCGCCGGUUCAGCAGAUCCUUUUCUUCGGGACUUUGUUAGGACUUUCAGUGCUACUGUUGUGGUCUACCUUGCCGGCGCCUCGAGUUGAUCCUACUGGCAAAGCUGUAUUUAUAACAGGUUGUGACAGCGGGUUCGGCCAUGAACUUGCCGAGCGGUUGGACAAGAUGGGGUACCAUGUGUUCGCUGGUUGUCUAGCCCCCGACCGUGAAGGUGCCCGUUCCUUAAAGGAGUCCACGUCAGACCGGCUGAAGAUCGUCACCAUCGACGUCACCGACGACUUCCAGGUGUCCCAGGCUGUCAAUUUUGUCAAGCAGAACAUAGGGGACAAUCAACUGUGGGCGGUGGUCAACAACGCGGGAGUGGCCGUGUUCUGUGAGAUCGAGUGGUGCUCUGUGCAGGAGUUCCAAAAAAUCAUGGACGUCAAUGUGUUUGGGAUCGUUAGGGUCACCAAGGCAUUUCUGCCUCUUCUGAGGCAGUCUGAGGGACGAGUGGUCAACAUAGCCAGUUUGGCAGGAAGGUUUACCCUGCCCGCUUUCGCAGCAUACUCCAUGUCGAAGAAAGCUUGCAUCGCCUUCUCAGAUGCCCUCAGACAGGAGAUGAAGAAGUUUAACAUCUCUGUGGUCACUGUUGAACCUGGUCUCUACAAAACACCCAUCACCCAUGAAAAUUAUUUGAUUGACCACAACAGAAAAUCCUGGGCAGAAACGCCAACAGAUGUCAGGGAAGAUUACGGAGAAGAAUACUUUGAUGUCUUUCUCAAACAAGUCGCCCUCAGCCUCAGGCAAGCUCGUCCAAAAGUCCAAGAGGUGGUUGACAACAUGGUGGAGGCCGUCUGUAGCAAGAACCCUCACUAUCGCUACGUGCCCUACUGGAGGUUCAGACUCCGAGCUUUCAUUAUCAGCUCAUUACCUACCUCUAUCUCAGACAAACUGUUCGCCCGCUCGUUUAAAAUGUCAGAGCCAGAGGCAAGAAAGAACAGAAGCCCCAGGACUCCGCUGAAUACUUCUCAAAAGUUUUGGAGCACACCCGAGAAGGAGAACCACCAAUAG